GGACCACUGGCAGCGGCGGCAGCUCGCGCCCUCGCCUUCCUCCCACCCGAGGCGGCCCCCGGAGACCGACCCCCGCCCCGCGGCCCAGGCCGGGGCCCGGUGAGACGCGCGGGCGGCCGGGGGGAGGGCCCGCAUCUGCUCACGAGCCCGGGCGCCGAGAACCCAGCGGGUGCCGAGUCUCCGCCCCGGGCUUCCAUCACCUCUGACAAGCCAUGUUCCAGGCUGCAGGAGCCGCCCAAACCACCCCCUCUCAUGAAGCCAAAAGCAGCGGUGGCAGCAGCACUGUGCAGCGCUCCAAGUCCUUCAGCCUGCGGGCCCAGGUGAAGGAGACUUGUGCCGCCUGCCAGAAGACUGUGUACCCUAUGGAGCGGCUGGUGGCAGACAAGCUCAUUUUCCACAACUCUUGCUUCUGCUGCAAGCACUGCCACACCAAGCUCAGCCUGGGCAGCUAUGCAGCGCUGCAUGGUGAGUUUUACUGCAAACCCCACUUUCAGCAGCUGUUUAAGAGCAAAGGCAACUACGAUGAGGGAUUCGGCCGCAAACAGCACAAGGAGCUCUGGGCCCACAAAGAAGUGGACCCCGGCACCAAGACAGCCUGAGGCCCCUCUGGCCAUCCUCUCCCUCCGCAGAGGGCUUGGAACUGGGCAUUGGGAAGGGUGGGGAAAAAGGUUGCUCUGGGUUUGAGUAGUGGGGCAGGGUGGGAAGGGGGAGGCUUGCUCAGGCAGAAGGUCCCAGGGGCAGGGCUCUGCUCCAGGAUUCCUUCCUUCUCCAGUGGGAAUCAGGGGGUGGGAACCAGCAUUGGGGUUUGCUCACCACCCUGCUUCCUUCUGCCCACCCCACCUCACCACAUGGCCCCCUGGGAGGCCCCCUAGCCCAGCUUCCCUAUUUAGGUGCCUUUUCUCCAGCAAGGAGUCAGUAUGCUCCCCUCAGGGUCCCAAGCUCCCUCACUGCCACCUGGGCCAUGUCAGCCCCCAUGUCUCCCCAUCUACCUCUGCCCUUAGCCUGGUCCUGAGCCACAGACUGGGAGGAAGGAGAGUGAGAGUGUCACCUGCUGGACCUCAAGGAUGCCACAGCAGCUGACGGGGGAGGGAAUGGGGAAGUAGAAGGCAAGGCAGGGCCCAUGGCCUUGGGGCCGGGACCCCCUUGCACCAUGAAGCUAAAGUCCCUGCAAGGCUGAGCGCUUCAGAGACCUGUGGGGCCAGCAGCGGCCGUUCUCCCUCUCCUCUCCCUUGUUUCUGCCUUCUGACUGUUGUGAUAACCCUGUUUUAAACAUGUUUAAACAGAUCCUGACUCUUAUGUGGCCUGUUGUGGGGGCUUUGUGAUAGGAUGCCCAUUCACCACAGGGAGGGGAAGGGGUUUAGGGUCAGUCCAGAGCACUCCUGUCCUUGAUGAAGGGGCAACAAUGAAAUACAUGCUGCUUGAGAAAAGGGGUGUUCCUCUGCCCAGCCAGGGAGCCUUGUGGCCAGACUCAGUGUGGUUCUAUAACUGAAAUUCUUCUCCCCUCGGCUUUGGGUUGGUUGACACCCCAAGCCCACAGACUCACAUCCACACCCCUGUUCUGAAGAGGGGAGCCAGAAGCAUUAAUGGCACCUGACUGCCUCCCUGUGCUUGGGUGGGGCACAAGGAAGAACCCUUCUGCUGAGUCUUUGACCCCUUUUCUACUAGCUGGUCCCAGCUGUCCAGCUCCCCACUCCUGUCCCUUUGCCUUGGAAAUCUGCAAGGAACAGUGGGAACCCACAGACCUGGCAAGUGUUGCUGAAGGUUUCCUUUUGUCCCUCCUCAUUUUUGUGCCCUGUAACCCUGUCUCAUUGCUGUCUUCUGGGGAGUGGGACAACCACGGCUACCCCUGCCAGAUCAUCCAAGGGGAGACUGUUCUUCAGCUGCUGAGAGCUCAGGCUCACCAAGGGGUGACAGAGCAGAGAAACAAGGCAAUCUUGGAAGAGUAAGGAACACCCUUACUGGGUUAUCCUGCCCAGAUUCAGUUAUCCUGAUUUCCCCAAACUGCCUGUGGGAUAGAUAAGCUGGUGGAGCAAGAGAACAGAGAAAAAAUAAUUAAAAAAGAAAAAAAGAGGACAGAGACAUCUAGGAUUUGCUGCCACCGCUCCACACAACCCAACUUACUAAUAAGCAGUGUAGGAAUUGGCUUCAAUUCCUGAUGGCAGGUGAGCCACUGUGCUCUGUGGAGGUAAGCACUUCUCCUUGAAGAAGCAGAGCUAAUGCUUAAUACGCAGAUGGCACCCAAGGCCUGGAUCCUGGGAGCUGUUCAGAGCCUCACUCAGGGAAAGCCCAGCCAGGGAGCCUCGUGGCCAGAUGCAGUGUGAUUCUGUAACAAACUCCUCUCCCCUCGGCUGUGGGUUGGUUGACACCCCAAGCCCACAGACUCACAUCCACACCCCUGUUCUGAUGGGGACAAGGAUGGUCCCUGUUCAGAGUUCAACAAUAGCAGCUGAGCCAGGGAGAGAUGCUUGAGAUGGUUUCUGAUCAACGCCCUACAGGAUGGGCAAAGGAAUCUCACAGCCCUACUAGAUGCCAUUAAAGUCCCAGGAACCAAGCCACUGGUGAUGUUCAGGUUAGAAGGGCCAACAGUUCCUCAGUAAAUUGGCCCUCGUUUACCACUUUCAGUGGAGGUCCUAGAGGGGGAGGGGCAGGGAGAGGGGAGGGCCCCUCUGAGCUAACAGUGGUACCUAACCAAGUCAUGACGAGGCCCCUCUUCUUGGCAUCAAGUUCUCUUCUGCUUUGGGUACCCAAGCUUGUUACUAGGUGCUAUCCUGGCCCUCCCAGGCAAACACCUAUCUCCCCCACCACUCCCAACCCAAAGCACCACACAGGACCCCUCUGGUAUAAAUGAUCCCUUUUAUUGUAAGUAAUGCGUGACACUGGCCUGGCUUUGCACUGCAAGCCCUCGGUCAAGAUAUAAUCAAAUAACUAUGGCUGCAGGUUCUUCUGCACUAUCCACAAUUCAGACACAGACACAGAGCUGGGAGGGCAAGAGGGGCAGAAGGGCGGCAGCACGAGCACUGACCAGCCCUGGCCCUCGUGUGUGGGGCUGGCCAAGGCAGACAUACCCCAUGGAAUGGUGAGAAAAUGGCAGCAUGGCCCCUUUCCACAGCAAGCCUGGGGCUGCAAGGAAACUGCCCUUCAGAACUUUUGGCCCAGGCCAUCCUAGAAUCCCACAACUUUUAAUCUGGAU